UGUGUGUGUGUGUGUGUGUAGAGAUGUGGUCUGAGGCCAUCAAGAUCUUGAAGGGGGAGUACACCAUCAGAGCCAUCAAGGAACACAACAUGGAUCAGGCCAUCAUCUUCUGUCGGACCAAGAUCGACUGUGACAACAUGGAGCAAUACUUCAUAGUACAGGGAGGAGGUCCUGAUAAAAAAGGCCACCAGCUUUCCUGUGUCUGUCUCCAUGGUGACCGGAAGCCCAACGAACGCAAGACCAAUCUGGACCGAUUCAAGAAACAGGAAGUGAAGUUCUUGAUCUGUACAGACGUGGCGGCCAGGGGCAUCGAUAUCCACGGCGUCCCCUACGUGAUCAACGUGACUCUGCCAGAUGAGAAGCAGAACUAUGUCCAUCGCAUCGGCAGAGUGGGGAGAGCAGAGAGGAUGGGAUUGGCUAUCUCUCUCGUUGCCAUGGAGAAGGAGAAGGUGUGGUAUCAUACGUGUGCCAACCGGGGCAGAGGGUGUUACAACACCAGGCUGAAGGACGAUGGAGGAUGUACCAUCUGGUACAACGAGAAGGAGCUGCUGUCCGACGUGGAAGAGCAUUUAAAGUGUACCAUCACCCAGUGUGAACCGGACAUCAAGGUCCCGGUGGACGACUUUGACGGCAAGGUGACCUACGGCAAGCGCAGGGCAGCAGCAGGUGGUAACUAUAGUGGUCAUGUGGCUGCAUUGGCUCCUACAGUUCAGGAGCUGGCCAAUCUGGAGAGAGAAGCUCAGACUUCCUUCCUUCAUCUGGGGUACCUGCCCAACCAGCUGUUCAAAGCCUUCUGAGCACACACCUUAACGUCCUGCUUCCUGUCCACACACACACACCUUAACGUCCUGCUUCCUUUCCACACACACACACACACACACACACACACUUGUCCAAACAGCCUUUAAAUACACAGCUGUUCUGACUGCCUGUACGGUGUGCAUGUCUUCCGAAGAGAAGAGGCUAGCGUAGCGGCUAGCUUAUGUUACUAAACGCUAAACGCUUGUGACUAGAGUCACAAAUAAAUUAAAUUUGUGAAACAUAAACACAUAAAUGAGUAAUUAUUUCCCUUCUAAAGGAUUCAUUUAAUAAAAUUACUCUAAAAUGAUUUGAGUUUGAGCUGUUGAAAUAUUACUUCUGCUAAAAUAAAGAGUAAAAUUAAA